AUUAAGUGUCUUUCAACAAGAAAAUUGAUUUCGUGUCGAUAACUUUGCUUGUCCCUCGUAUAUUUUCUGGGUUUUAUACAAGUUUUACACGCGAAUGCCAUCAAUGAAACAUAUUUUCAUAAAAUAGAAUGAAAUAAGGAAUCGGAUGAAUCCUAAAGAACAAUAUUAAACGCAAAUCUUGGGUUGUGGAUUGUAAACAGCAGCAAUUACAAAGGCGUCAUCUAACUCCUCUUUCUUGAUUAAUGUAAUUGUACUUUAAAAAUUCUUUCUAAAAUGUCAAUGAGGAACGACGAGAAUCGAAAACUUUCGCAAGAUGAGAUACUCAAUGGUACAAAGACUGUUGUGCGAGGUUUAGAAACGUUGAAGAAUGAACACUCGGGUAUUUUGAAAGAACUUUCACCGUCGGAUUUGAAUGAGUCGGCAAACAUGAAAACAGGUAUCAUAAGAACUUCACUAGAGAAAAUUGAGCUGGGAAUCGGUGAAGCUCAGGUUAUGAUGGCAUUGAGUAGUCAUCUGAGCACUGUUGAAGCAGAAAAACAAAAACUGAAGGCUCAAGUCCGUCGCCUUUGUCAAGAGAAUGCAUGGCUUCGUGAAGAACUGUCUAUAACACAGCAAAAGUUUCAAGAAAGUGAACAGAAAGUUGCCCAGUUGGAGGAAGAGAAACAACAUUUGGAGUUCAUGCAAUCCAUCAGCAAAUAUGAUGAUGAUAAACAAAUACAGGAUGAAGGAAUUGAAAAUGACUACAGCAGUGCAGAACUCUCUCAAGAUGAAGAAUCAGAAGGUGGAGUUGAUGAUGAAACUUUAAGUCAAGUGUCAGCUACAUCAACUGGUACAACAGCAGGUGUCUAUGAGAUUCCUGCUCGACUUCGAACACUCCAUAACUUAGUAAUACAAUAUGCCUCACAGGGUCGUUAUGAGGUCGCAGUGCCUCUUUGUAAACAAGCUUUAGAGGAUUUGGAGAAAACAUCAGGUCAUGAUCAUCCAGAUGUGGCCACAAUGUUGAAUAUACUCGCCCUGGUUUACAGGGAUCAAAAUAAGUACAAGGAAGCAGCGAAUCUACUGCACGAUGCACUCACGAUCAGAGAAAAGACGUUGGGUGAAGAUCAUCCUGCAGUCGCAGCGACUUUAAAUAAUCUUGCAGUCCUUUAUGGAAAGAGAGAAUACAAGGACGCGGAGCCAUUGUGUAAGAGAGCCUUGGAAAUUCGAGAGAAGGUUCUUGGUGCCGAUCACCCGGAUGUAGCUAAACAGUUGAAUAACCUCGCGCUACUUUGUCAGAAUCAGGGCAAAUAUGAAGAGGUGGAGAAAUAUUAUCAACGUGCUCUUGAGAUUUACACGACAAAACUUGGUCCAGACGAUCCGAACGUCGCAAAGACAAAAAACAACUUGGCAUCAGCUUAUCUCAAACAAGGAAAAUAUAAAGCUGCCGAGACAUUAUAUAAACAGGUAUUGACGCGUGCUCACGAACGCGAGUUUGGCUCGGAGACGGAUGGUAAAAGCGAUGAUCGAGGACGGGGUGGGGAUAAUGCUCCGUACGGCGAGUAUGGGGGGUGGCAUAAAGCUGCCAAAGUGGAUAGUCCAACAGUGACAACAACAUUACGUAAUCUGGGUGCAUUGUAUCGACGUCAGGGAAAAUUCGAAGCAGCAGAAACUUUAGAGGAAUGUGCUUUGAGAUCCAAGAAAAAUGCUCUUGACGUGAUACGGCAAAGUAAAGUAGUUCAGAUCCUCUCCGAUGGCGGGUCAUAUUCUCCGAGUACAAGCUCCCCUCGAAGCUCAUCUCCAGUCAGUUUGAACUCUGGUAAUAGGGGUAUUGAUAGAGAUGAGAUAGAAUUGCGCGACGAAGACACCCGUGCAUCAAUAAAACGCGAGAAAGCGUUUCAUCGACUUCGGAAAACAUUAAGCAGUCGUGGACAACGUUUGAUGGAAAAAAUGAGCGGUGGAACUGCCGACCAGCAGUUGAGUCGAGCGACGUCGCGUGAUAAUCUCUCUCAACAGGCCAAAAUUCCAGGUGCAGAGCGUAUAUCUCGUAGUACAUCCCAUUUAGCGGACAUACGCCAAUCUGGUCCCAGCUCUUUUCAUCCUUAGUAAUCUUGCUGUGAAAUGGCUUACACGUUUAAUCUAAUGUCGUCAUGAUAUUACCUUUUGAAAAUAAAAAGUUUUGCCCUCAAGCAAGAAGUCUUUUCAGUUGAAUUAGAAACCAUUCGUAUCUAUUAUAAGUCUAUGAGAUGUAGUUCAGCCUUCUUGAAAUGUACAAAAUUGACUAUAAUUGUCAUUAAAUUUGUGAACUUAAUUGAAUAUUAAAUUAAAUUCAUGACACUACACGAAAUGUUUUGUGUUAUAUGAAGUAUCGCCAGAUAAAUAUAUUUAAGUGAAAAUGUCUCAGUUUGUUUCGAGACGUAAUCGUUAUGAAAGGUAUUUUCUGCCAUAAACGGUUAAAUGUCUCGAGUAGAAAGAGUGGAAAAUAAGGUAGAAAUGUGUCCUCGCAAUAGAGAAAACGAUUUAUCACCAAAUCGGCAAGAUGAUGUUAUAGAAAACAUCGAGAGCUACGUUAUCAUUGAAGAUGGUCUGGACGAAAUAUUUUCUGGUGAGGAUGUGAGUGACGACGAUACAGUAGAGGAAACACAUCAAGGAUACGUUUCAUUAGCUCAAAGUGAAGAUGAUAUUGCCUUAAAUAACGAGGUCAACGAGAUUGAAGAUGUUUCAAAAGUCAGUGAUAAUGAAGUAUUUGAUGAGACUAUGGAUCCUGGUAAUGAUUUGACAUUAGAUGAUACAUCAUCUACAUCAGCAUUCUCAUCAUCUAAGCAUCAAACCAUGGGCCAAGAUGAAAUAAAUUUAAUCAAAUCUGUAAUGGCAAAUAUUCAAUUGCCAAGUUCGGCAAUUCCUGAAUGGGCAAAGAAAAUUCCUGAAGAGAAGUGGAAGCUGCCUUUAGUUUCUGCUCUUCAACUGAGAACUGAGAACCACGAAGAAGGUAAUGAUGGAAAUUAGUUGGAUUAGAAGGAAAUUUCUUGAUUAUAUAGUAUGAGAAACAAGAUUGACAAAUUUUUUGAUAUCGAAGACAAAUCCAUCUUUGUACAUAAAUUUGUCUUCAUUAAUUUUUAGGAAUUUUGUCACACAAAACGUUUCUCAUUCAAAAAUCAUCGUAUUUCUCAUAGUUUCUGUUUCUAAUAACAUGAUAAUUUAAACAAUAACUAAAUAUUCACACGUCA